UCGCACAGUGCCACCUUCCUCGCAGCUGAUAUUAAGCGUGUGAUUGAGACGUUGAAGUUCGCUACAUUUGCUGCGGCGGUCACCGACAACACCAGCACAAACCAGUUGGUGUGGCAAACGCUGCAGAAGGAUUUCCCGCAUGCGUUCUUCCAUGGCUGUAUCUCUCCCGUCAUCCAUCUGAUCGUGAAUGACCUCGUCGCCAGUCUGCCUUGGCUCCAGAAGCUCGAAGAGAGCUGCAGGAAGCUGGUGCGAUUCUUCAAGAAGAACCAAAUGCUGUGG